GACCUGCGCGCAAGAUGCGCAUCAGAACUGCCUGACCUUGUUGUCGUCCGUCGGUUUGUGAGUGAGAAGAAGAAGAUGAUGAUGAUGAUGAUGAAGAAGAAGAAGAAGCCGGAGCAAGCGAAGACCUGUCUACAGUGUGAUGACUUUGUGCAAGAGGUGGAAAUGAACUAGGUACAAAUGCCUUAGUCGACUGCCCUGACGUUGCUGUGUCGGUAGGCGGAGGUCUCGUGGACUGGGAGAUGAGGACGAGGCCAAGACACGUCGAUAGUUAUUGUGCAUCGGAGAGGCCACGGAAAGCCGUCAUUGAUGGCAUGGCAAAGGAUGGCAGAUGAUGACUGCCAAGGGAAGCAGCGGACAUUGUCUUGUACAGGAUGUCAUAUGCAUUCGUGGAACAGCGCUAACUCCUACGAUACCACAUCCAGCAGUUCCAUCGUCGACACUACUGCCCUUUUGGGGCUUCGGUGAGGUUCCCCGGAGCAGCAUGGCACAACCCCAAGUCUUGGUCCAUUCUCGCCAAGCACAUCUAGUGGAGACUGAAACAUUCCUGAGGCGAUAUAGCAGCCACGACUGUAAUGGCUUUUACCAAUUGAGGCGGUUGCGCGCUCGAGUCCUGGAUGUGGAGACUGUGGCCAAUCUUUAUGCUACGCCGGUCAACCCGAGGACUAUCUUGUACCCUGGAGAUGAAGACUGAGAGCGAUGUUUUCGGAAUCUGUGCAUGUCCAACAGAGAGUGCGACUACUGAGAUUGCCUGCAGCAUUGCAUCCAUAUGAGGUCUUGCUAAGACAUACGGACUGUGAUCGGCAGUAAUGGCGUGACCAGCUAGCAGAACAUUAGCUAUUCUUGGCUGCGGAAUGCGAGGCUACGUCGAUUAUGCUAGCCAAUACUCCCCCUUGCCAGACAUUCUGUUAACAUCAUGCUCUCUCCCCGUACCAGAUGGAUGUCUGGCGGCAUAGGGCUUCCCACAUUAGAUGACUGACUCUGCUUCGAAGGAUUGGCGGUCAUGCACCUAACCACUGACUGAGUAGCGAUCACGAUCAAAGCGUAGACGACCGGAUUAAACGUUACACAGAAU